AUGUCGGAACAAUUGAUUAAUGAAAAUCAAGCCAAACUUUUAACCAACACAAAAACCAAAAAUAAAAAUGUUAUUAAGAACAAGCGACGGCGAAAGAAAAAAAAAUGUGUAUGUUGUUCCAGGAUAUUACGUCCAGAUGAAUCCUUAGAAAAAGUUGUGGCUAAUGACAGAAUGAUAUUCUUGUCUUCUAUUCAUCCUCCCGUCAUUGCAGGCCACAACAAUUGUAUUCAAGCACCAAUCAAAACACCCAAGCAUAGAGGAUUUUUGUUGAACUUGGAAAACUAUGGAGUAAGAUGGUUACCGGGUGCCGUGACCAAAUAUGUGGCUAUAUUGAUGGAACAAACAAAAGCAGGAACUCUUGGACCAUUACCGGGGAGGAUAAGAAAUAAUAGGAAAAUACUAGACUAGUCAGCGAUAUUCCGUGGAAGGUGUUAAAGAAAGGAUUGAACUACCAUUAGUGACGAUUGUUAUAAGCCGAGCAAAAACUAUGUCUAUAUAAGUAUAUAGGUGUAUAUGUGUAUAUAUAAGCUAUAGGGAUAUAAAAAAAGUCAUCGGGCAUCAAACAGCAUUGAAAUCUUAUACAGCUAUACGCUUAAACUAAGUGCUGUAUAGCUCCAAAAACGAAUGUACGUAUCUAUAGACUUACUUCUACCACG